ACAGCCAAUAUAACCAUAACCAGAGAGAGAGAGAGAGAGAGAGAGGGAGAGAGCAAUUGGGGUUGUGAUUUGGAGAGAGGAGGAGCAAGAGAAAGGAGAAGAAGGAGAAGAAAUUAGCAUUUUCUUAUCCAAUUCAUUGGAAAUUUCCGACAACAUGUUGGAGGGUCCAUCCUAUCUUGUGUCGAGGGACUUGCAGAGCUCAUGUGAGCAAGAGAGGAAGUGGAUUUAUAAUAAGUUUCGUGUGAUUGAGCUCUCAAACAGCAAUUUCCGAUUGGAAGAUGGAGAAGAACUUCCACUGAAGAAGUCAUGCAACGUGCUCUCAAACAGCAACUGUCAUUUUGAAGAUGGAGAAGAACUUCCACUUAAAAAUUAUUCAUGCAACGCACUCUCAAACACCAAGCGCCGAUUGGAAGAUGGAGAAGAAGUUCCACUACUAAAAAAGUCAUGCAACGUAUCAGAUACUCAUGAGGGAGAGGGGCCAGUACUUGAGGGUUUUCCUGAUAUUUUUCUUGUCCCAGCUGAUCACCAACCAGAUGACCAGCAGCACACCGGGCAUCAGUCAGACUCAAGUUCACUUAUUCACCAACUUGGUCGUGACAUCUCAAUUAACUGUAUUAUUCGCUGCUCUAGGUCUGAUUAUGGAUCAAUCGCCUCACUGAAUCAGAGCUUUCGGUCUUUGAUUCGGAGUGGGGAGUUAUAUAGGCUGAGACAGCAAAUGGGUAUCAUUGAGCAUUGGGUUUACUUCUCCUGCAGUCUCCUUGAAUGGGAGGCAUUUGAUCCAAGUCAUGACCGCCGUUGGAUGCAUUUGCCUAGAAUGCCAUCAAACGAAUGCUUCAUGUGGUCAGGCAAGGAGUCGUUGGCCGUUGGCACUGAUCUUCUUGUUUUUGGAAAGGAAAUAACUUCCCACGUUAUUUAUAGAUACAGCAUUUUGACAAACAGGUGGUCAUCCGGGAUGAGGAUGAAUACAUCCAGGUGCUUGUUUGGUUCUGCCAGCCUUGGGGAAAUUGCAAUUCUAGCUGGCGGUUGUGACCCACGUGGCAAUAUCUUAGACUCGGCGGAGCUUUAUAAUUCGGAAACAGGGACUUGGGUGACCCUUCCGAACAUGAACAAAGCGAGAAAAAAGUGCUCUGGGGUGUUUAUGGACGGGAAAUUUUAUGUUAUUGGUGGGAUUGGAAUUGGCAACUCAAAAUCACUUACAUGCGGUGAGGUGUACGAUCUGAAGGAAAUGAAAUGGACUGUGAUACCUGACAUGUUCGUUGCACGAAAUGGAGGGGCUGAGGCACCUCCUCUAGUCGCUGUUGUAAAUAAUGAGCUGUAUGCAGCAAAUUAUGCACAAAAGGAGGUGAGGAGAUAUGACAAAGAGAGGAACUUAUGGGUCACAAUUGGGAGAUUGCCUGAGCAGGCAGUCUCGAUGAAUGGUUGGGGAUUAGCAUUUAGAGCUUGUGGACAUCGGCUAAUUGUUGUCGGCGGACAUAGGGCUUUAGGUGAAGGGAUGAUUGAGCUUAAUUCUUGGGUCCCUAAUAAUGAAGGCCCACCACAAUGGGACCUGCUAGCCACGAAGCAAUGCGGCAGUUUCGUGUAUAAUUGUGCUGUGAUGGGAUGCUGAUCAGGUUUCCGGCCGGUCUAGGCGAUACCGUUAUGCUGUACGUGUGGAGUACGUCCUAGCUUUCUGGAUAAAUCUUGGUAUGGUUUUUCGAAGGAUUUUUUGUUCCUUUUCUGCUCAAAAAUCAAAUAAUUUUUUUUU